GGUUUAAUUGUCAUAGCCUUCUUUUAAUUAUUAGAUUAGAGAAGAGCGAUCUAUACUGUUAUUUAAUUCUGUUGUUUUUUUUUUUAUUUUCAAAUGUUCACAGAUAUAAGAAUUUUUGUGAAUGGAUUUUCAUUGAUCUCUGGUUUGUCAUAAGUUUUAUAACCUAAAAAUCUAAGUAUAAAUGGGAGUGACAGUACUGACAGUUGUACCUGUUAUUGAAAAUUGAAUUUGUUAAUAUUUGAAAGGCAGAAGAACUGGUGAAGAAAAUAGUUUACCAUGCUUGGAUUUAUUUUAUUCAAGAGUUAGUCGUAAGUGCAAAUCUGGUGAUAAUGGUAGCGUUUUAGUAACAGAGAAAGUUAGAGCGAAAGUAUUAUUGAACGAUGUCAUCAGAAGCUUUGGAUCUAAAUCACAUAGGAAACAAUGAAACCACAGCAUCUGGUACUAAUCAUUCAGUUAGUUAUGAUAUAACAAUACAGGCUCUUCGUUAUGAAGUCAGGAGCAAAAUCUCAGCUCUCCUUAAUCCAUAUAAAGUUAUUCCCACAGAUGAUGGUCUCCCAAGAGACUGGCAAGGCUUUGCUGAGUUAAUAGGUAUAACAGGUGAACAGUUACCACAGUUGGAAGCAGAGAAAGAUCCAACAAACAAAUUGCUCAAUCUUUGGCAGAAUAAAGAGAAAGACAAAUGUACAAUUAACAGAUUAUUGCAAUUUUUUGAAAAAUUAGAUAGAUUUGAUAUUAUUGAUGACAUUCAAACACUUAUAGAGGCAGAUAUACAAUUAUUCCAACAAAACAAAAACGAAUUACAGUUGUGUAAUUCAUCUCCAGAGGCCGAUAGACUAAUUCUCACUGUAGAUGAUGUAGAUAGAGUGAAUCAAGGUUUGAAACCUCAGCAUUAUGAUGCGUUUGUCUUAUAUGCAGACGAAGACAUCGAUUUUGCUACAAAGUUGUUGGAAAUGAUGGAAAAAUUGUACAAUUUGAAGUUGUGUGUUAAAGACAGAGACCUGGUGGGAGGUGCAUUUGAGCACGACGUUAUCAUUAAAUUGAUAUCUGAGAGAUGUAAUCGGCUGGUUGUUAUUAUCACUGCCGCAUUUUUAAAGAGUUCUGCCAACGUUUUUUUCGUUAGUUUGGCACAGGCUAUAAGUAUAGAACAAAGACAACGUAAAAUAAUUCCCUGUCUUUACGGACCUUGUAAAGUGCCUCCAGAAAUUAGCUGUUAUGUUAUGUUAGACUAUGAGCGAUCAGGAAAAUGGAAAUGGAAUUUUUGGGAAAAGCUUAGGGAUUCCAUCCAGACACCUAAAAAGAUUCCUGUGCAAGCCCAAAGAAACCAGAGGACUUUUAACAGAUUUUUAUCCGACCAAGAGUGCAAUAGGCAGUCAAAGUUUUCAACUGAUAAUCAUUUACGAUCGUCUUUGCAUGAUAGAAAACUCGACCCACCGAGAAAUAUGGUUAAAUUUAGAAGUAUGGUAGAUUUAAAAAGUGAAGAUGAAGAAAGUAUUAAACCAGACCCUGCGUUAAAUGUAUGCUCCAGUUCAAGCAACUUGAGUGCUAUGAACAACCCAAAUUCAGAAAUCUUGAAGUCGAAUAAGACAAAGACUAGUUGGUUUAAAAAGUUUUUGCCAAAUAAGGGUGAGAAGAAAGCGGAGAAAGGUGAUAAAAAAGUCCAGAAGAACGGCGAAAAAAAUGAGCAGCAGAUGAGUGAAAAAGUGAAGCAAGGAAAGAGAAGCAAAAAUAAAAUGGGUAACAAUGUAAUUGAAAGAGUCCAUCACAAAAGCAAGAAACAUUUUUGGACAAUACCUAUGAAACGAAAAGUUGCUGUUCUAAAUUGAAUGCUUAUUUUAAAGUGAUUUAUGAUCACAAUUUAAGUACAAUAGUCACUUUCAUUAUGAAAUCUGAAUAAUGCUCUAGGAUUUAAGAUUCGUGAUAAGUAAGUCAAUUAGUCUGUACAUAUAAAGAACAGAAAUCAAUUUAUGGUUCUAAUUUGACUGAUAAAAUUGUUUUUAAUUUUUUCAUAUGUGAGAAAAAAUUAAAAUUCAUCAAUCAGUAAAGUAGAACAGAAAGUCUUGUUCUAACCAUUCUAAAGUUUGUGAUAAUGCAUAAUACACAGUCUGUGCUUAAUAAAUUUCCUAUAAAAGUAAUGUUCUUCAAACUGUUGUGUUACAGGAUUGUUUGAAUAUUAAUGUGUUCAUAAUACAUAUUUUUAAUGGUAAAUACACAGAAUAAAGCUAAGUGGGACUAAAAUGGAGAAAAGCGCCUUAAUACGAACAACUUCAUCUUGUAGAAUGUCCCAUUAAUAUUAAUCUAUAUUUGCCUUGUAAAUUUUUUGCAAGGUAAGUAGCUACGGUUUACCGUGUGUUUAAUUACAUUAUUUCGUUUUCGUAUGCAUAAAAGAGGUUGUAAUUUAUGUUCAUAGUUUGACACAAUUCUUUUUGAUAGUUAAUAAUAAGAUAGCUAAUUAGUAAUUACAUUGUUGGUUAAAGAUAAUAGCUGGGUAGACACAAAUGAUUGCUGGUGCAGCUCCAUGUUCCCUAUUUUCUGUGCAAGUUAUUACUAAUCAUAAUCAUCAUAGGGUUGUCAGUUUAAAUCAUGGCUGAACGUGCAGCUCCACUCUUUUCUACUCUUAGCUAGGAGUAAAAAAUGUAACUUGCAAAAAGAAUAAGAUUCACGGGAGCAGUUCAUCUACGUUUACAGGACUGCUUUCUUUUGGGACAAUUUUAAAAUCCGUUAAAAAUAACUUCAAAUUCAUUCAGGAAAAUUUAAUUUCAGUGAAUUUAAUUUUGUUUAACUGUUUUGGACUUUCUUUAAGUUUAUGGGGGCGAUAUUUUAUAAACAGUUCUUCCUGAUUUUUGUUAAAGCUUCCCAAAACUAUUAAUUUGUAAAAAAACGACUAGUAGACUAGUAGUAGUAGACUAUUAAUUUUUUACAAGUUAGACAUUGUUUCAGUAAAGAAAUAAAUGAGACCAUUCUUAAGAAUUCGUCCAUUUAUUUGGUUUAGUAUUUACCCAGUUAUUUUGCAUUAAAAGUUACAAAAGUACCUUUUGUAAUAGAAUUUUUUUAACAGAAACCAUCAAAACGAAAUUAUUCUACAUUUGCUUCUUUUUACUUCUGCUUGGUAAUGGAAUAUUAAUCUGUAAACAUAUGUAUACAACUACUAUUACACAUAUCAUAUCCUAAUAAUUAUUAAAUAUGUGCCACUAGGAUUUAAAUUGUACUGUUUUUAAGAUAAUUAUUUUAUUAUUUACCUGAAGAGGGCUUGUUAUUUAGACUUGGAUGUGUCCACUGCUAGAGUCGUUUAUCUGAUGUUUCGCCAGUUGCUGUGAUUGGAAUUUUCAGGUGCUCUGAAGAUACCAACCACAGCAGUUAAGUGAAACUUCAAAUAAAUGAUUCCAUCGGUAGAUUUGCUGAAGGAGGGAAGCCGAUCUUGCACUUUAUUCCAUCAUUAGAUAAUGCUGUCCAUAAAAGUCUUAGCCUUUUUAUAGUUGUUUAUGUAAAUACAAAUAUAUACUUCUUUAGUA